AUGCAUUUCUCAACCAUUAUCCUCACCCUCUUUUCCGCUGGCGUCCUCGCUAAGAAUGGAUGCGGCUUCCCGGAUGGACCUGAUUGCAAAUCCCUCGGCACGGGCGCCGAUGGCCUGGAGCAAUUCGCAGACCCCGAUGGUUGCUGUCUGCUGCCCAUCCGCUGCGGAAACGGCGAUGGCGGCGAGAGAUGCGAGCGUGUGAGCGGUGCCAGUGCCGGCGGCGCCGCCGCCGCCAAAAAGAAAAAUGGCACCACUGGCAACGCGAGAAACGGAAAGAAUAGGAUCAACGCCAACGGAAAUGGGUUCAUUUAG